CCGGUCCCCAUACCGAUGAAAGUGUAUCAGAACUAGGGGACUUGACAGUAUACUAUAUACAGUGUAAUACGUGCGGGUCAGCACUCGAUCUCUUGGUAUUCGUUAUCUACUACACAUCUGUGACUUCUCCCUGUAUAUGGGAAAAAAUCGAUUUCUUUAAAUACUCUGCAAUUCCUGACGGCGCUAGAGCAUCCAUCGCACGUCUGGACUAUCGAUAUCCCCGAGGAAGCCGAGAAUAUUGGAAAUCCAAUACAUUGCGUGGGAGACGAGCUACGGAAUUGUAACCAUAGAAACUGUGUAGUACAUGUGCAAGUGUUGCCUGUGGGCAUAUAAUCGGUGGACAUAAAUAGAAACACGACAAGGUUGUGAUAAGAUGGGACCAGUGGCCGUUAUGGCCAUGAUCAAAGUAGUACUCUAUGGUGCGCUGCUACAUGUAGUUACAGUCCAGGGUGCUCCUCAAGGGAGGGAGGUUUCCAAAAUUUCCCUGAAAAUGCCUCAAGUCUCACCGAAAGUGAAAGAUACAUAUCUCUGUCAUGCAAUGAAGACUAGUCAACCUGAUCCAACAUUCAUUGUUGGAUUCGAACCAGAUGCCAAUAAGGAUAUUGCACAUCACAUAUUGGUAUAUGGCUGUAGUACCCCAGGAAGCCAACACAAUGUCUGGAAUUGUGGAGAAAUGGCCCACACUACAAAUGAGUACACAUCUGCUGGAGUGUGUGGGAGUGGAUCCCAGAUUAUCUAUGCUUGGGCAAUGGAUGCACCAAGCCUUAAAUUGCCAAAAGAUGUUGGAUUCAAAGUAGGUGGCAACUCCGACAUAAAAUACUUAGUUCUGCAGGUCCACUACAAGAAUGUUGACAACUUUCUGCCUCCAAAGAAUGAGAAAGACAGCUCUGGUGUCACACUUGUUACCACAACAACUCCGAUGUCCCGGUCUGCGGGUGUGUACCUUUUGGGAACCGGCGGUAGUAUUCCCCCAAAGUCUGUGGAAUACAUGGAGACAGCAUGUGAAAUCAACGAGGACAUAGUGAUGCACCCGUUCGGCUUCAGAACGCAUGCUCAUACACACGGUGCGGUCACUGCUGGUUACCGCAUUCGUAAUGGAAAAUGGACAGAAAUCGGGAGAAAGAGUCCACAGAAACCACAGAUGUUCUACAAUGUGACAUACCCUGGUAUAGAUGUACGCAGAGGAGACAUUCUGGCUGCUAGGUGUACCAUGAAGAAUGAUGAAUCACGAGUCAUCCAGAUAGGAGCCACUCAGAACGACGAGAUGUGUAACUUCUACAUGAUGUAUUUUGUGGAUGGCACUAAAACAGCCAGAGUUCACAACUGUUUCACAUCAGGCCCACCCUACUAUUACUGGGACAACUCGCCUUUGGAACACAAAAUGAAUCUCAAGGAUGCUCCACAGUCAGCCAGCCUCAUCCCAGACAAAAAUGUGUACCUCAAAAUCUCGUCUCCAGCACACCCGGGGAUUUCCCAGAAGGACGUCACUCUGGAUGCGAAUCUACAGGACAAACGACUGACACGGCUUUUGGACUACCUGAACAAUGCCUAUGGUGAUCCUGAUUACUAUCCUCAACUUCGCUUCUUAUCUGUCCUCUCACUACAAAGUCAAGAUAAAGAAAUGGAAUCAUCUCUCACACCAAGAAGUGCAGUUAUAAUACUAGGAUUGUCUUUACUGUUUUAUACAACAUGUGAAACAAAAUACUUAAAAGAUUCCAACUUCUUCAAGAAAACAAUACGUAUGCCAAAUGUGAAACCAAGACAGGCAGACGAUCUUAUAUGUCAUGGCGUUAAACUGGACGAAAGGGAAGCCUACAUAUUGAAGUAUGAACCCCAUGCCUCAAAAGAAAUAGCCCAUCACAUGAUGGUGUAUGGAUGUGGUCAUCCUAGCUCCACUGAGGCCUCGUGGAUGUGUGGUGAAAUGGACGAUAGAUCAGACGAUUCUGUGUGCAAAGGUGGUCAGCGGGAAAUCGUGUACGCAUGGGCAAUGGACGCAGACUCAAGAGCACUUCCGGAAGGUGUCGGAUUCCGUGUUGGCGGCAAUACACCAAUAAAAUACCUGGUUAUUCAGCUCCAUUAUAAAGGCGUUAUUGAAGAUUCUAAAUACGAUGACUCUGGAGUAACGUUACACAUGACGUACACACGACAGCCAAAGCAAGCCGGUUUCUACGUUUUAGGCAAUUAUGGAUACAUACCUCCAAUGAUAGAAAAUUUUCAUCUGGAAUCACUCUGCCAGUACAACAACUACACAAUCAAUCCUAUAGGGUUCCGAACGCACUCCCAUAAUCUAGGUGUGGUGACGUCGGCGUAUCGGAUACGACAGGGAGUGUGGGCAGAGAUCGGACGAAUGUCCCCCCAGCUACCACAGGCGUUUUAUGAUGUAUACUCACCGGGAAUGGAAAUUCACAAGGGAGAUCUUUUGGCAGCACGUUGUACAAUGAGUAGUGACAGAAAAUUCCUAACGAAAAUCGGUUCAACAAACAAAGACGAGAUGUGUAACUUUUACAUUCUGUACUCCACGGACAACCCUGACAAUCUGAAGGUUCAGUAUUGUUUCCGGGAAGCUCAGACAUUCCACUGGAAGGAUUACCUCACCUCCAUACCGGUCAAUGCCAGUAGUACAGCCGGCUUACCCACAUUCUCACGGGAAGAUCCAUACGCUUAAAGCAAUAAAAUUCACUCAAUGAGCUGUAAACCAUC